GUCAAUAUGGAUUCUGUAACUAAGUUAGAAUCAUGCAUCGAGAAACAACCGAGAUUAUUGAAAGAUCAACGUCCAUCUUGCAAAUGUGUAUAAAAUCUUUGCAAACGUCUUUGAGAUUGUUUGUUUAUUAGGUAUUUGCAUUUUUGUGCAUUUGAAAGUGAUUAUUUGUUGCGAAUUGUGCUGUCAAUAUGAGUAAACGAAUAAAGGCCUGCUGUGUACCAGGAUACACGAAUAAGCAUGAGCCAUUCCAUUCCUACGAAUGAAGACGUUUGCAGAAUUUGGUUACAAAGAAUAAAUAACCCCAAGUUAAUGCGUGCAGAUACAGUAUUAUCAUCACAUAGAAUAUGUGAUAUUCAGUUUGAACCAAUUUGUAGAAACCCCAAUGGCAGGUUAAAAAAACUUUCACUGUCAACUCUAUAUUUACCUGAAUCAAUUGUAAGGACUAGUUCCUCUAUCAGCACUUUUACUGGUAACAGCCCAAUAGAGGGAACAAAAAAAACUGUUAAGGUGUACACAAGGAAGCAAUUAUUUCAAGCCCUUGUUGAAGAACCUUGUAGCUCUUCGAGUAUCCUGUAUGAACCAACAAUAUCGACUAAUAUGGAAACAGAUAAACUUGAAGGGCACUCGACUGUGACAGAUGAGUAAAAAAAUUUUUUUAUUUGUGGAUAUAUUUAUAUAAUGUCAAAAACAAAACAAAAAUUAAAAUAAUCAUCCUGUGUUUCAAUAUUCCAUUUACCUAUAUCUUAUAUAAACCAUUUAAUUGUGAAAUUCAGAUGGUCCGACCUGGUUAUUACAUAAAUUGUUAAUGAAACCUAAAUAUUUUACAAAAUACUUCAUUUAAACAGCAUUUUAAUUUCAGGUAUUUAUAUUUUCUUGUAAACAACAAUAUUUGAAUUUAAAAUGUUAGCAAAAUAAAAGUAUUUUGCAUAAUACUUUUGUUUCAUUCACAAUUUGAUGCGACAACUAGCUUCGAGUAUUUAAAUUACUCGAGUUAUUUUUAAAUUUCCCACGAAAUUAGCAUGGAUAUGAACCUUAGAUCAAAUCUUUGAUUAUAGAAAUCUUUUUUCUUGGUACGGAGCCAGUCCGAGAGAUGUCGUUAGGAUCGAACUUUGUCAUCAAAUUUUUAUAUAGAGUGGCAGAUCUGUUGAGUAUAAAAUCUUAGAUGACACAUCAUAACCUGUUCAUCUUAUUGAAAAGUGUGUAUUUUAUUAUUUUAGAAUUUGCAACUGAUUUGUAAUUAUCCUAAUAACAAUUGCCUAUUACAAUAUAAAUUUUAUAUAUGAUGACUGACGAGAAAAGACCACAAUUUGGAAAUCGUUACUUAACUGAAGAAAAAAGUGUUUUUGAACAUAAUGCAUGGUAUGAAAACAAUUCAUUUGUUUUUUAAAGUUCCUUCAGUAUAUAAUGUUUCAAAGAGUAUGCGUUUUUGUUUUACACGAAAUAGAAAGAAACCGAAAUACGGAUCUCGAUAUUUAACUGAAAAUUCUGAUGUGUUUUCUUUCAAUGCUUGGGAUGAUGUAGAAUGGGAUGAAAUCCAAGAGAAAGAAGCUCAUAAUAAAGUUACAGCAAAUAGUAUUGUAAAAUUUAGUCAAGAAGAUAUAAAUAAGUAUGAAAAAGAUGCUGACAAGUUUUGGAAUGGAUUCUAUGACAUUCAUACUAAUAGAUUCUUCAAAGAUCGCCAUUGGUUAUUUACUGAAUUUCCAGAACUUAGUGAUGAUGGUACCAAUGAGAAAAAAAUAUUUGAAAUUGGCUGUGGAGUUGGUAAUACUAUAUUUCCUAUUUUACAAUAUUCAACCAAUAAAAAUUUAAAAGUGUAUGCUUCAGAUUUUUCUUCUAAAGCUAUUGAGCUUCUAAGAACUUCUCCAGAGUUUGAUGAAAAAAGAUGUGAUGCUUUUGAGUUGGAUGCUACUAAUCAAGUAUGGAAUGUACCUUUUGAAGAAAGUAGUGUUGAUAUUAUAGUAUUAAUAUUUGUUUUAUCGGCAAUUAAUCCUGAAAAGUACACUACAGUGGUGGAAAAUAUUUACAAGUACCUAAAACCAGGAGGCCUGUUACUAUUUAGAGAUUAUGGCAGAUAUGAUAUGGCACAAUUACGCUUUAAACCAGGACGGAGUUUAGGAGAUAAUUUUUAUGUUAGAGGUGACGGUACCAGAGUAUAUUUUUUUAAUCGGGAUGAAAUAAAGGAGCUCUUUGAAGGAAAAGGAUUUCAAGAACUUGAAAAUAGGGCUGAUAGAAGGUUACAAGUAAAUAGGGGAAAGUUAUUAAAAAUGUACAGAGUUUGGAUUCAAGCCAAGUAUCAAAAACCAAAAUAAAUUUCAUAUCAAUUUUUGAAUAACUUAUUUAAAUAAUUUCUAAGUAAACAAUCCACAUAAAUUUGUGCAAGUAGUGGAAAAUCCUUAUAAGAAAAUUUAUUCAAGAUAUUCAUGUGAAAAAUGAUUAGAAUUGCAUUAUAUUGUUUUCGAAUAUAGGGGUCACUGGUCUACAGCACUCAAGAUUGAAGAUAAAUAGAUACGAACGAACUAAAGGGCAUCUUCAUAAUUGUAUGGAAUAUGCAUUAUUAGGAUCAACCAAUGUUAUGGCGUAACUAGAUUCUGAUUGUUGGUUAAAUAUAUAGAGGCAACAUGAAACUGUGGUCUGAAAAAUUAUUGUAUUAAAUUUUGUGCGGACGUGAUAAAAGCGAUACUUUCUUAGAUUUAUGAAUUUUUCGGCUAAAUGAGAUGCAACUCUAAGUUCUCCAGUAACUUCAGUUCUGAUACCUUUUAUAGUAUGUAUAACUAUUAGAAACAUUAUUCGACCGGGAACUUUAGCUAUUCGUUUAUCGGCCAAUAUAAUUGCAGAUCAGUUAUUAAUAACAUAAUUAGGAAAUACAGGCCCAAAUAUCAAUUACUUUAGUAAAUUUAUUAAUUAUUGUCCAAAUUUUAUUCCUAACUCUUGGAUCAGCAGUCGCAAUUAUUCAACCUUAUGUUUUUGAUAUUAAAGUAAUGU